CGUUGAUGUGCCACAUGCAAUAAAUUUGUUUGGUGAGAAAGUAUUAUUGAAGAAAUUAAAGAAAAGACUGCGUAUUUAUAUGCAAACGUAAGUUAGAAUUGUUCCUUUAGUACAGGUUCUAGUGUCAGUGGUUUAAAAAACACGAAUAUACUAUAAAAAAUGCAUGCACGAGUCCGAAGGCUGAGCAGUUCUUUGAUAAUAAACUUAUGAGUAUAUGUUUUUCCAUGAGAAACCUUACUAAUACUCAUUAACUAAUAAUGUACAUGUUUCAUGAAAAAAUUAUACAUGAGAAGACAUACGAAAUAAAUUAUUUUAUGUUCACUUAAUAUAUUAUUUUAAUGACAUGGAACUUAUAAUACGGACAGUUUACAACUGCGGAAAUUUUAAUUACCCACCAUGCAGUCACGCAUAUAAUAAUAUGGAGGAACGAUCAUUUAAAAGCAUGACUUCAACGAGUGCGGAAAAUGAUAGCUGCGCGCGGAAAAUAUCGUGCGCGAAAUGAAAUCGAAAAUCUAGUGGUAUACCACGCCAAUUGUAUUUCGUCAGUAUUUGUUCUGGGAUAAUCUGUUCUGGGAUAAUCUGUGAUGAACAAUGAUUCGAACAAUUUUACGAAAGGCAAAACAAAUAAAUACAGUGAAGCAUGUGCAUGCGACACAGACUUCGAAAUAAGCGCAUGCAAGCUUAAAGGAAUAAAGCACAAAUCUCUAAAGAUAAGCUAAAAGAAACAAAAGACACUCCAAAAGAAAAUUCUGUUCACUGGUCUUUGCAAGACCCGAAGGUAAAAUUUUCUUUUGUAUUCCUGCUUAUGCAUGCUUAUAUCUCACUUGUGUGAACUAUAGGCUUCAUACACCCGGAAUAUUUCAUUGCUGGAGACAGCCUUAAUUGAAAUAGCUGUCGAAAAUGAAUGGUUUUUCGUGAAAGGAUCAUUACUGAUAAGAAAUUGUGUUGUUUGAAAGCACAGUGAUGGUACAGUGCCAGUUUUUGUUUCGUGAAUAUGGAACGUUUUUGUUUAUUGCUCAACGGAAAGAGAAAUCAGUUUCAACAUAUAAUGCAUGAAUUAAAAUACGGAUAUUUUAGGAAAACAACGCCAGCACAAAGAAUGCGGAUUUUAAAUUUCGUCUGCCAACUAAGAAAUACGGAAUCAUCACAUCGCUUUUAAUUAAUUCUUCAAUAUCGUAAAGGACUCAGUCAUAUGUUGGGAAAAAGCACCACUGGAAAAUGUCCGACAGCGCCAGCAGCACCGUAGCCAGGAAAUUUUUAACAAAAUAUCUUCGCAAGAAAUUUUCUGCUAUACAUCUUGCAGGAAAUUUUUGUCAACUUAUGUUAUGUAAUUUACUAAUUGUUUACAAAGCGUUUUGCAAGUCGAGAAUGUCUUGUCGGUUGUGAAUGAAGUUUAUCACAAUGUGCGGGACAAAACGUUCUCCGAAUCUACAUAUAUACAGCUAUUUCAAUUAAGGUUGUCCCCGAGCAAAGCGGAAAAGUCGAAUACGAGCACGAAAGGCUUGCUGGGAAUCGCUAAAAAAUUCAUUAAAUUUUUAGCGAUUCCCAGCAAGCUUUCGCACUAGUAUUCAGUGACUUUUCCGCUUUGCUCGGGGACAACCUUAAUUGAAAUAGCUGAUAUAUGCAGGAAGUUUGAUGUACAUUCGCCGGAAGUUCUAAAUUUGAUUUACACAGGAAAUUUUUAUUUUGGAAUUUUGCUGCCAGAAAGAGAAAUAUAUUUUCUAGGCCGGGUAAAAAGUGUAUAUGUUUUUCUUGUCGUUUGAGAAACAUCCAGCGUUUUUGGAAGAUUACGUUAUCAAGUCCUCGAACAGGUUCAGAUUUCACUUCCCCCAUUGCCGUGCCGCUACCAUUAAGGAUCUAUUAGCCAAUCAGAUGCGUUUAAUCUACCUGAUUGACCAAUCAGAAUGACACAAAGUAAGUGAGAAGUAGCGGUAGUGGAAGUCAAAUCCUCCACAUCUGAACCUCUCUAUUAACUCUUGCAACUGCAGUUAAAGCGUCCCCUUUCUUAUAUCACCCUUCGUUUGCGUAUUAGAACGCCCUAAUUAGCUAUAUAGCUACGAUCAUGAAUGAGUGAAGUGGAUUCUAACUUGAUGUUAUAUGCAUGGAAGUGUUAUUGCAUGGGGAUCUUGGUACGCUAUACAUGGAUCGUCCUUAUAUCAGGCAAGGUUGCAGGCAAGGUAUCUUUAUAAUGACUUGUUAUUCGAUGUACAGUGAGUCAGUGACUAUUUGUAGUGAAUUAGUAGCCAUAUUGGCAUUAUUAUCGCAAUAUGGCUGAGCUAUAUAGGAUAUUAAUACAUAAUUGUCAUGGGUGACUGCCCAGUUCAAGCCGAAAAAGAACUAAUAAACAAAAUGACUUGUGACUUGACUGGAUCACAGACAGAGUGACUUGACUUGCUACUCGGAGUGAAUGCAUGACUUCAGGUAACUUGCAAGAAAUGACUUGGUGCGACAACUCUGUUUUAAACGUAAAAAUCUCAUCACUUCUCACAUCGAUAUUGGCGUGACAAGCGUCACAAGUCAGUUAAUAUAGCUAAACAAAUUAUAAUACAUUGUUCGUAUUUACUCAAGUCAUUGCCACAGUCAAAUAUUCAUUCAAAACAAGUUGUUGAACUGGUUGUACAAAAAGCCUUGACCACCACAAUAAGCCUUGAACGACCCAUUUUGUAGUUAAAUUUCAGUGUUUUAGUUAAAACGCUAAAAUCCACGGUAACAGGUUUCUGAUACAGUGCUGGUAAAAGGUCUAUUGGAUCAUCAGUCUUGUAUACGUAGCAAGUCUUUGUAUGACACUCUUGCAACACUCUGUCAACAAGUUGAGAACAAGACAUGCAGCCGCGGUGUGAAUUAGGAUACUUUACAACUAUAAACAGAACUUCAAAGUCGAUAACUUUGCGACGUACGAAGGGCCUUCGCUCGAAGUUGUGCCUAGCUAUAUUUCAGGUAGUUGUAUAUAUUCUUCACAGCGCAGUUAUCGUUUCUACCAAUGUGUUUACACUGGCACCGACUAUAGUUGUUGAGAACAAUCACAACUUGGUAUCGGCUUAGUAAAUAUAUAACCUUGUAACAACCUAUUUUAUUGGGUAAAAAAUUAAACAAAUACAACGUAUACACAGAUGAAUUUAGCCAAAUAAAUCACAUUAUACCCAUGCAAGGCAUCUUUCCAACAAAAUACAUCGACAAAUAUAUGUACAUAAAUGAGUCCGUCAACUCCUCAGUGUGACAAAGACACUCACGCGAUAUUGACCAUGUACAUAACGUACGGCUCAUGGCUACACAAAAUUCCGUCAUCUCACAUUUCACGCGAAAAUUCACUGCUCACGAAAAUACCCUUUACCAUCCUCAUUGUUGGAAAGGUUCGAUUAAAUACUCACACGUAACUUUCAAUAUUUGUUCCAGAAAUUGAAAAUUAUUAAGCAUCUAUAAACAGGAAUAUGACGUCAUCUCGACCACCAUGUCUCUUUCGACGAGUGGUCUUAUUCAUCCUCUUCACCAGUCAUGCGAGUUUGGCGGCGAAAUCUCGACUUGUGAUUGGUGGUCUAGCCGGAAUCAACAUUGAGGAGGAAGCAUGGUCAAGUGCUGGGGUCAUUCCAGCUGUUGAAUUGGCUUUAGAAAGAGUGAAUAAUCAUUCGGAUAUUUUGAAGGAUUACUACUUGGAUAUUGAGUGGAAAGACUCGAGGGUAUGUAGUUUAUGAAAUAGUUUUCAAAUAUUAUUAUGAAAUGCAUGUGGUACAAUGUAUUUUGCAUGUUAUAUGCCUAUCAUGGUGUAUCAGUGGAACCAGUGUAUGUGGUAUUUUACAGUAGGCUUCCGUGGUGGGUUGGUGUUUGAACUACUUGAAAUGACCAGUAAAGUUGGUAAGUUUGUUAAAUUUUUAAAGUGGCUGAGACAUGAACAAAACGAGCUCUUCGAAUAAUGCUUCCUGAGUUAUCAUAUGAAGAAGCCUUGGUGAAAUGUAAUCUUAAAACUCUAGAAGGUCGUAGAUAAAAUAUGUGUAUUAAUCUUAUUAAGUCGCUGCUUGAUCCUGGUGAUAAACUGCAUGAAUUGUUGCCAAGUUUUAUAAUUUUAACUGUCGGACUGAACGUUUUAAAAAUAGUGCAAUUGUCUAUGGAGUCGAACAAUAUAAUAGUAAUAAUUCUUAAUAGUUAAUAGUAGUUAGUUUUUAAAUUAAUAGUUUUUAGAUUGAAAUAGGAGUAUCCUUGUAAAUAGAGUAGUGAGUAGUUAGUUUUUAAAUUAAUAGUUUUUAGAUUGAAAUAGGAGUAUCCUUGUAAAUAGAGUAGUGUAUAGGAUAUAUACUCUUCGUUUUUAACUGUAAUUUGCAUUAUAAUUUAGUGUUUAACGACCUUAAUGUGAAAUUUUAGAAAAAAAUAAUAAUUUAUGAUCCCAUUCUUAACUCCGACUUUAGUGUGCCAGCGGGUUUGGUAUAAAAGGCAUGGUGGAGCAUAUUACUGAAUCACCUCCCAAAAUAGCAUUCUUGGGUCCUGGAUGCUCGAUUGCAGCCGCUCCCGUUGCAGAAACUCUACCUUUCUGGAAUGUAACUCAGGUAAUGAAGACUACUUCAAACUGCAUGAAGCCAAUAGUGUUAUAGUAACUAAUUUUUGCCACUGACGGAAACAUAAGUUGGCUUUUCCUACCUAGGAUAUUACCAGCAUGCAACGGCUACACCAAACUUUAUCCAUAUACCGACAUAAAUCCUCUCCUAUAUGAUGAUGCAUGUAUUUACUUUAUUUAGUCAUAAAACUACAUCAAACUAUAAGUUACCGUGUACUAUACAACCGAAAUUAAAACGUAUGGUUAUAGCUAACGUUCCCUUAUAAUUUAUCAAUGAAUCGGAUGUCUUAACUAAAUUUUGAUUGCCAGACCUUAUGUCUCUAAAAUUUUCAAUUAAAGCAUCGCCUUAAUUGACAUAGAGGUCCUUACGCCACGUCACUGUCAAACAAUUAAUAUUUGACCCACAUGUGUCCCACAUUGAAUUGCGUAUACCUAUGAUGUUUAGACUGAUAUAUAGAGUCAAUUAAUCCAUUAUAUUUGUUUUAGAUAAGUUUCAGUUUGACGUCUCCAGAUCUCUCAAACAAGAAAAAAUAUCCGAAUAUAUAUCGCAUCAAUCCAUCAGAAACCAUUCACGAUCCAGCAUUGUUGGCGCUGACUAAUUUUUUCAAAUGGGAACGUCUUUUCAUCAUUAAACAUGAACUACGAAUUUUUAGUUCAGUAAGUUUAUAUUAGUUUUUAAACUUUAAAACUAUAAAUAAAAUUCAGUUGUGUUAUUUUUUGGCCUCUCUUUGAUAUUUCAUUAAAAACAGAGGGUAUAACGAAACAUUAUUGUAUGGCAAGCAUCACUUUCGGUGAAAUGGCGGACUGUGAUUGGCCGAGAAGCACUUUCAGCGGUCCAUUAUUUUCCCGUAAUGGACCGGCAGUCCAUUACGUAAAAACAAUUAAACGCAUGCAUUUUAAAACAAAACAGCAAAACUAAUAUUUGUUAUUAAUAAGAGAUCUGCGAAUGGUGUUUAGUGGAAAAGAAGGAAUACAUUGGAAUUUUUUGUUUUCUUCGACCAAAUGUGUACCACGCUACUAAUAUGCAUUUCAAAUCAUGCAUUUCUUGUUUGUUUCAAGUAUAAAUGCCUAUAUAGAUGCCAUAUAAUAAACUUUUUAUUAUAACCUUGCUUGCUCGGUAUGUACAGACAAAAUAUCGGACCUCGGUCUUUUUGUACAAACCUCGCCCUACGGGCUUGGUCUGUACAAAAAAUAUUCAAUCCAAUAUUUCUCUGUACAGACCUCGGUUUCGGUUAAUAAAAAGUUAUGAAUGAUUGGUAUUAUACCUGAAUGCUUGCCGUAACUUACACUAAACAAGCAUGUAACUAUAUAUGAACGAGCAAAGUAAUGUUUUCUUUCUUCUACUUUAAGAUCACAGAGUCGCUACACGCGUUGCUCGUGGAAAAGAAGAAAUCAGUUGAUGUCAUCGGUUUUCUUAAUAACCCGACAAGUGCAAUCAAAUCAUUAAAGGUGGGAGAACUAAAUUCAAUUAUUCAAGAUUAUUUAGACUUCAUACCUCUGCAUGGGUUAUUUACUACGCUUCUUAGAGGCCCUGCAGUUUGGCAGUUAAGAUCCAACAAUUCUAGUCUAGUUUUAUUCCAGCAAAAAACUUCCUGCAUCAAUCAGGAAGUACUCUUCUCCCAUGCAAUUGAUGGUUUCCACUAUACCGGCAUUACAGCUAUCAGGUUAAACUAUAUACUAUUAAAGCGCGAUGUAUUAACCACUAUGUCAUCAGUAUCUUCCCAUUUAUGAUAUAUUGGAUUUGAUUUAGGUUUCCCUCCAAUUUUCAUUUUCUAACGCAGUAAAGUUUAUCUGUUUGUAGGAUAAAGAUGCCAGGAUUGUUGUUUUGUUGAUGUACGAAAAUCAGGCGCGAAAAAUAGUUUGUUCGGUUAGUUUGUUAGUGCUUUAUUUAAUUCUUCUGUACAUCAAACCCUAGCUAGCACAUCGCGCCACAAAACAGCAAUGUCACAUGCAGAGCAUGCACAAAACAUGCAAUACAAAACAUGCCACAAGACAUUCAAUACCACACCAUGAAAACCCACAAAACAUUGCACCUCACUAUGCCGCAUACAAAUCAUACAACACUGAACACCAUAUGACCAUGCAUAACAUACCAUGCCAUACCAUCCUACACAUAUGCAUCGACAAUAUGUUAUAGGUAACAGCAAUCCUAAUUGCCUAGUCGAUAUUAUGUACGACACCACAGGAUAUUCUGUAUAUAAACAAAAUAUAUUCAAUUGUUCCUUGUCAGGCAUAUCAAAAUGGAUUUUACGGCUCCCACAUUGUAUGGAUCCUACGUGGUUGGUACUCCAAGAAAUGGUGGACAGUGAAUGAUACACAAUGUACCAUUGAAGAAAUUAAGAAAGUUAUUACGAAUGUUUUUUACGUUGACCAUGUUGACUAUGCAAGUGAUGAUGCUGAAGUAUUUGGAUUGGUGAGUAAGUUUGAGAAAUUGGGAAUACCGUAUUUCAUCCAUUUAGCCUCCAGCCUAUAUUGUAUGGAAUUUUUCCUCGACCUCAUGUUCUUCUGUUCUUCUGAGGAUGAUUCUAUAAACAAUAAAGAACGUGAAAAUUUAUUUAGCCCCAAGCCUUUGUUUAGCUCCCUUCCAAUAAGCCCCUAGUCCAGAACCACGGGAAAAAACAAGCCCUUGGGGGAGGGGAAGUAGAGGAAAUAUGAUAUACGAAACAUUUCUUUGAGGUGUGGUACAACACGAAUGGAACCCUAGAUCAUAGUUUAAGAUAAGUUAGUCUUAGGAAAUGAUCCAGAGACCAGAGUUACUGCAGAAGAGUAUUAAAUUGGACCUCGAGAUAGCGUGCAGGUAUAUGUUUGGUGGAAUACAAUGAGGCUAUUAUAAUCAGAUAGCUGUAUAUGCAGGAUAGUGCAUACCAAAAUACAAAAAUGCACCAUAAUAAUGCAUCCGAUAGGAUUUGUGCCACGUUAUUGUACAUGUAUAUCACUAUUUCAUGUUUCUUCCUCCCUACAGACAAAAUCACGUUUUAAUGAGAAGUACACGGAGUUGAUUCGAAAGAAAAAUAGCACGAUUUUUAAAGUCAACAAAUAUGCUCCGUAUGGCUAUGAUGCUGUUGUUAUGCUUGCCCGCGCUCUGAAUUCCACUGAGGAAAGUUUAAGAAGAAUGAAUAAGUCUUUAUCCGAUUUCACGUAUGCACGUUCUGAUAUCGCUGAAGUUAUCAAGGACAAUAUCAGUAACACGGAUAAUAUAAAAGGACUCACGGUGAGUGCAUGGGAAUUCGGGAAACAUUAUUUAAAGUAAGCAUUCAGGAAAGCAAAAACAUUACCUCUUACUUUUUUGUUGGAAACUGUUUAAUUAACUAAAUAUAUUUUACUUACUAGGGUGUUAUUAAACUGGACGAGCAAGGAGAUCGUAUAAUUAACGUAUGGCUACAACAACUACAAGGUAUGCCAAAGCAUAUCAGCCCCAUCGAUGUAAUUUUCAAAACAAGUUAAACCUCGCUUAUGCAUUAUUUCUCCACAUUUAUUUCUCCAUAUUUCUACAAAUGGUAAUAGCUACUUCCUUAAAUAUUUUCGUAUAUUAAUUUUAGAUUACGAAGUGGUCGAUGUUGCUUUAUACUGUACCGAAAACGGUUCUAUUGAACUGAUGCCUUCGAAAAACUUCCUUUGGACUGGUAAGGAAGCAACUAAUACAAUGUUGGUUGCUCUUUGUUAUUUUGUUCUUUUUUGCACUUUUUUUCUUUGUUCGGUUGAGAUUUUGAAACGACUGGUUCAUGUGAGUAUCAUUAAUCAUUAAGCCUACAUGUAGGUCUAGCACUUGCUCAAACUUCUGACCGCCAGUCCUAGUACUGGACCACAUUUACCAAGUUGGCUAUUAUAUUGCACACGUAUUAUACGACUACAUAUAACUGUAAACUCAAAGGAGUCGUUUCGAUCCCUUCAAUAGAGUCGUUUUGUUGACCCCCUUCAAAAGGGUCGUUUUUGUCCCCUUCAGAGGCUACUCCUCGGAAGGCGGGUUGCUUCUACCCCUCACAAAGAGUCAUUUUUGCUCUUCAAAGGGUCACAUUGUUACCCUCUCAAAAGGUCGUUUUGACCUUCUAACAAAGUCUAAAUGAUUACCACAUGUGUUUUGUUUCAAAAUGAUAUUGAUACAUAAGAUAAUAUUAGAUAUUAUCCAAUAAUUUGGACAUUCGAGACGCGAGUUACGGCGUUUUGAAAAUUUGUUUUUCCUAUACAUUUGACUGACAAGUUCAUUCUAACGUGUUGUUUUUUUAUCAGAUGGACGUGUUCCCUUGGACAGGAGAGCUAAAAAUGAUAUUCUUCUGUGCAUAUCACGCCCAAUAUUUUGGUGGACUACCAGCGCUUCGAUUUGUGGAGUUUUUGCUUCCUUUUAUUUUCUAUGGAUCAAUAUCAAGCAAGGAUCGCAAAGGUAUAUAUUUGCAAAGUUUGCUUUCAGUUAAACCAUAUACAUUAAAGAAACCGAUUUUGACGAAUUUAAACAAGACCAAUAAUAUUUAAGACAGCUUUGGAUUGAUAGGGAUGAUACUACCUGAAAAAUAGAAAGAGAACGUCAACAUUCGAAGGACCUUCGCACGAAACGUCGAAGUUCUUCUUGUAUUUUCAAGUAUUGUUGUAACCCUAUCAAUCCAAAGCUUUCUUAUUAGCCAUUCUGAAGUUGAUGAGAGGACUGGGGACGAGUGUUAAAAAGUGCCCAAAUUAAGAAAUGAACCAAAUCACUAAAACGACCACCUCGAAAUUAGUAAGUAUACAAAGUUUGAAGACAUUUACAUGAAUACCCUUCGAGUAAUAAGCUUUCGAAAAUCGCGAUAUUUACUAUGAAAUGUAGUUUAUUUUUUGUUUUUGGGAACGCGCGUCCCAAAAACAAUCGUUCAAUCAGUAAUUUCACAAUUUUCGAAAGCUUAUUAUUCGAAGGGUAUUCAUGUAAAAGUUUUCAAACUCUGUAUACUUACUAAUUUUGAGGUGGUCGUUUUAGUGAUUUGGUUCAUUUCUUAAUUUGGGCACUUUUUAACACUGGUCCCCAGUCCACUCAUCAACUUCGGAAUGGCUAAUUAUUGGUACUACCUCCACUCGCAUGCAGAUCUAGACCGUUCAGGAUUAAUUUUAAGACAAUAAAUAUUUUGCAAAGUUUGGGUCUUUUAAAUUUGUUUGUAUCGGAGUAUGUAUUAUACUUCUUCAUUAUUAACAAUGCUCGUUUGAUGCGUUGUUUUCUUAUAUAUGCAAAAACAUGUAAACAAUUUGGUAUUUUUUAAAUUAUGAUCCUUCAGAACACCUUACACCAUAGACCAAUCUGAGUGCUCUAUAUUAUUAUUAGUAUAAAGAAUUAGAAACUACCCUCCUUCAAUCGUACGACCACAAAAAUUUAUACUUCAGAUUCUUCAAGAUGUCCACUCCACCACUAAACAAUCUCAUGAUAAUCGGCGCGAUUAUUGCCUAUAUCUACGUACCUCUACAUGGAAUUAAAUCUUGUACAAUGGAAGUGACUGUCCUAAACUCUAUUCUUUGCAAGGUAAAAUAUUUGUCUUUCAACAGCCAAGUUUUGUAAAUCAUCAUAAAUCAUUAUUUUAUUUUCUUCCACUACCGGAACUUCGGGGCUUCGGUGGCGCAAUCUACCUAAUUUGUAGUAUGUUUCCUUGGAUCGUAUCAGCUGUAGGAAUCGAAUCCAUGUCUCGUGGUGGAAGGUGCAUGCAUUGAUCACUAUAUGCAAUAGGGCCUUCCAAGGUUAAGGACUCCAUCUUGAAUCUAUUGUUUUCACCAUUGUGUUUGCACCCCCUGCAAAUUUCCCUAUAGGGAAUUCCAUUGUAUUUGCACCCCUUGCACUAUUGUGUUUCAUUAUGGCGCCGUUAACCUCGAAAGGGUCUAUUAACACCCUCUUUAUUUCUUGUUGAUGCGUACUUUCCAUAUUCAUUUUUAAAUCUCCCGAAUGGGAUAAUAUUUCCCUGCUAUUUGUAGACAAUCAUUUCUCGUUUCAAGGUUGACGCAUUUUUCAUCUCAAUUGCUUUCUCGCUUGUGUUUGGUGCAAUUUUUAUGAAAACAUGGAGAAUAUACAAAAUAUUUACCAAUGUGAAAUUAUCGAAACAGGUGAGAACAAAGUUCCCAGGGGGAUCAUGCCCUCAGACCGCCUAGGUCUGUGUCGUUCGCCAUGGUUUUUUUACAUUUGGUCAGAGCUUCACAGGAAACAAAUUUACAGUUGUCGUGAUACUAAAUACGGUUUUAUAAAGUUAAUAAAUAUAGAUGUGUAGAUAAAGGAAAUGGUAUAACAACACUGUAGUAGGAGAGAGAGUUAAAUCAUAAUUUUCUUUAUAAAGUUACGAUUUCUUACAAACAAGCAUUUGGUGGUCCUGGUAAUUCUGUUGGUUAUUUUCGAUUCGAUAUAUUUACUCAUAUGGAAUACUGUGCAUCCUUUGCAAGACCGCAUUGAAGAGGUGUUAGUAGAGGUUUGUAAAAUUCAUAUAUAAGACUGAUGCGGAGAGCAAGAAGACGCGUAACGACGUCGAGCAAGCUGCAGCAGGAGUCUGGGGCACAGCUCCCAGCAGGUGCAGGGUGGAGGGAUGUCGGGAAAAACCCCCUGAAAAUGAAAAUUUUUGAGAUUUUAGUCUUGUUUAGUUCAAAAUCUUUGUUUCAAUCUUACUACUGUCAUUUAAUUUAAUGCCUAUUUAAACUUUUGGGCAGUGUGCAUGGAAAUUGCUCCAGCGGGAGGAGGGACCCUUUCCCCUGGAAAAUCCCGAGUGUACUGAGCGGUCAGGUAAAGACCAUUCACUUUAGCAUGGUCCAUUGUAAUAAUUAAAGAAAACCAAAGUAUUGGGGAAUAUCAUUGGCUUUGGUGGCGUCAAGGUGAAAUAUUUAAUGAGCCAUCAUCUUGUUUUCUCUACUAGCAGGAUAUGAGCUAAUAUCCUGCUAAUAGAAAGCCAACCAGAUUGCAGAAUACCUUAUAUCCGUUACUGUUGUAUGUAUAAUAAAGCCUGAUAACUGCGUGGUUAACGAUCCCAAUCGCAGAGCUGAAAAGCACAUGUUCCUAAUCGGCCAUUCCGCUACCAACCCUGUGUUUAAACUAAUAAUUUUUUUUCAUUUGCAUAUAUUUUUUUCGUACAGAAUCACCACGCAGUAAACAAGGUCUACUUUGCUCACGCGUGUACGUCACCAUAUUACCACCAGUGGUUUGUUGGUUUGGUUUCCUACAAGGGCAUUCUAAUGCUCUUUGGAAUGUUUCUUACAUGGGAGACAAGAAAUGUCUCAUUUCCUGGCUUGAAUGACUCCAAGUACAUUGGGAUGUGCGUCUACAAUAUAUUUAUCGUUACUAUGGUGGUGCUACCAGUGGGAAUGUUUACGUUUAAAGCUAAUGUGGAUGCUGGUUAUAGUAUUACAGCUACCAGUAUUAUUUUCUGUACAACUGCCACAUUGGUGCUCAUGUUUUACACAAAGGUAUUUCCUACUUUUAUAAUUUUAUUGUAACAUAUUAGCCCUUUGAGUGGCAAUGCACCAUGGUGCUCACAAAAAUAAUAAAAUGCAAUAAAAAGGAAUACCUAUUGUAUGAUACAGUAUACAACACAAUGUACAGUACAAUGCAAUGCAAUUCAAUGCAACACAUUAUCACAACCUUUUUAUAGUACCUCUCUUAUACGCGCAGUUAUUUCCUGUUUACAGUCACACGGACAUUUUUGCGUUGUAGUUCUCAGUCUUCCAAAACAAGUGUGGGCCAUUUUUACGUACUGAACUUUAGUGACUCACUAUGAUAUAACGAACUCUUCUCUUACACUGAGACCCAUUGUCAUUGGCCUUAAAAUGACAUCGCGCUCGAGAAAUUCAAAAAGAAGUCAUUGUAAUUGAUAAAAUCGAGGAAACAAAAUUAUUCAAAUCAGGAGAAUUUUGUGUGUGAAUACGAAACCUCAUCCGGAACAUUAAUUUCUUCAUGAAUUAUUCCUCUCGAAAUCCUUCCCUCCGAUCCGGUGUCGAGGUCGUGUACACAAAAUGAUUUCAGAAUAUUUUUUGCAGAUCCAUCUUGAGAAGAAGACAGCGACUACUCCCACGCAUCCUACGAUGUCCGUGGAUAAAAGUGUGAUUGGGCCAACAAUUGCAAGAAAUGCCAUUGGUCCAAGUCCUACAUGGAAGCAUUGUUACCCCUGAAUAUUCUAGUGGCGUAUAUUUGGAUACAUUGUUUCCAAGUGCAUCCUAUAGCUUUAAGUUCACCGUGUCGUCCUGCGGUAAGCCUGUAACCGUGCAGGUUUCAGGUACUGGAUCUAGUCAUGCCAUCGGAUAAAAAUGCAAACAAGUCGGCAGCUAUUAUAUAUUUACUGCUUGAAGGCUGUAAGAUUUCCCAUACACUGUAAAUAGUUAUUAACAAUAGUCGGUAUACUGGAAAAUGUUAUACUCGUGUUAUUAUGAAAUGAAAUUACCAGAGAAUAUCCAGAUAUUUCAUGUUGAAGAACAACACAAAUGCACACUAUACUUUUAUAAAGCGAUUUUGUUUGGAUAUAUACAACUGAUCAUUAUAUCUGAUAUUAAACUGAAUAUAAUUUAAUGAAAUAAUUUAAUCUGAUAACUCAUUAUACAUAUUUGUGACGUAGAAACGCUGUUCGCAGGCUACGUUGACACGCGUAUAUCAAACUAAGUGAAAUAUCUCGAUAACGAACCAAUAGAACGAAAAAUUGUAAAAUAAUUUACUCCAUAGUACUAGUUUUUUUAUAGCUCUUUUAUAAGUAAGAC